AAUCUAUUUCAGAGGAGGAAAAAUGGUUUAAAAAUCAACUUAAAAAUGAAUGUAUUUUAUUUCUUGAUUAUAAAUACUUUCAAAAUAUUAAAAUUAUUGAUGGUGGAUCAUUUGGAAUAAUUUCUUGUGCAUCUUCAAAGCAUCAUCAAGGGCUUGUGGCAUUGAAAUCCAUUAAUGUUGACCAAAAAUAUACUCUUGAACAACUUCUUAACGAG